GGUCCCGGUUUGUCGUGCCUCGAAACAGCACUGGUAAUUGAAGCACUUGCAUAUGGUUGUACGGGUAUCCAGCUUGCCAUCAUGGGUCCAUCACUAGCGGUUGCGCCUAUCCUUAUUUCAGGGAACGAAGAGCAAAAGAAGAAAUAUCUGGGAAUGCUUACUGCUGAGCCAAUCAUUGCAGCUUACUGUGUAACGGAGCCGGGUGCCGGAUCGGAUGUAUCAGGAGUGAAAAUGAAAGCUGAGAAAAAAGGAGAUUCAUAUUUACUGAAUGGUACCAAGGCGUGGAUAACAGGGGGUGGUCCAGCGCAGUGGUUUUUCGUUUUAGCAAGGACAGAGCCGGAUCCAAAAGUACCUCCUGGGAAAGCAUUCACUGCUUUUGUUGUUGAUGGUGAUACGAAAGGAAUUACACGCGGUAAAAAGGUAACCAUUUAUACUUUGAAGUUCUAA